UGGAGGCGCUAUGCAGCCAGCGGCAAGCUGAAAUUGCCAGCUAGAAAACAAGAACUUGAAGAUUCAUUGACGAUGGCUAGAAAUGUGAUUGAGCGUCACUUUGUUGAAGACCAUUGCACUGAAAUGACCAAAAUUCCUUUCAUCUGGAAUGUGGAUACACAGGGGCCAUACUUCACGCUUGACAUGAAAAUGUCUCAUCUGAAAGAUCUAGUGUUUAACUUUAUGUUUGGAGUAAAAGCCCACAGGAUUUUAAAAAUAAACAUCUCCUUAAAUGAAUUGAAAGAACUACAGUUUGAGAGCCUGUGUCCCUUUGUGAAUUUACGUGAGCUGAAUGUGUCGCUCAAUUCUAUUUGUAGUAUUUCAUGGCUCAGUGCUUUACCUGUCCUGAUGGUUUUGAACCUGGCACACAAUGAGGUUGAAACUCUCCAAGGAUUAGAAAACUGCAAAGGUCUGACAGUUCUGAACCUCUCAUACAACCGGAUCAGGAGCAUUGCCAACCUUCCCUUUCUCAACAGCCUGACUGAAAUGCACCUCAGUGGCAACCAGUUGGAGUCCCUAGAAGGCGCUCAGCAUGUUCCCCAACUCUGCGAACUGUACAUUCAGAGUAACCAAAUCUGCAGCUUACUGCCCUUGUCCAGCAACUUGCAGCUGUGUGUUCUUGAUGCUUCAGACAACACGGUUCUUUCCCUCACUGACACUGUGCAUGUUCUCGGAAGCCUGAGGAGACUAAAGAAGCUGAAACUCAAAGGCAAUCCCUUAACCCAAGACAAAGGCUACAGCACAGCCUUCAGGCAAUCCACUACAACUGAAAUUCUGGACAGUGUUCUCCUGAGAGAUCAGUACACAUAUGGGUCACUGUUUGCACCACAUGUAGAUGUACAAAUGCAAACAAAGGAGGACCUGCAAGAGAAAGCACGAUUGGCGAUACAGAGCAAAAUGCAAGGGAAACGAAGUGAAACUGAAAGUGCCAUACAUUACCUUCACAGCAAGAUACUGAACCUUCAAAAAGGACAGUUGGAUUACGAAGACAACUUAACAAUGGAGUUGGAAGCAUACAACAGGUAUUUAGACAUAAUUCCCACUGAAGAUUACCAUAGCAUUGAUCCCAAGAAGGUUCCGUAUGCCAUGGAAAGAUACAUGUUCACUCACUUUUGGGAAAGAUGGGAUCAAGGGAAGCGAAGGCAAGAAAAUCAUCCAUUCAGAAACCUGAGAAAACCAGAUGAGGUGAUUCGAACUGCAGCAUCAGUCCUUUCAAACCUAUUUCCCAAACACCUCAGUCAAGAAACACCUGAUAAAGAGUCUGGAAAGCAUCAUGAAACUGUCUGCUAAGGGAGGAGGCCCAGAGGACAAGAUCUUUUCUGAAAUCCAAACUCCUGCCCAAGUUUGUAUGUAAAUCACUGCAUUCAUUUAUAAAUGUUUCCAGCUGCUGUAGAGUUUAUGAGCUGUUGUAGGAAACCUGCAGCUGCUUACUACUGUAGCUCUGAAUUUACAAGCUGUACUUUUUGAUUCUCAUGUAAAAACUGAAGAAUGAUUCAAGAUUGUCCUUAACAUAUUAAUUGGACUGCUUAAUUCCUCAUAAUUAAUUUGUAGAUGGUGCACUAGAUUGGACAUCCGGUGUCUGAUGUGCUUCCUGUCACCAACAGCACAAAAUGAGCCUAAAAUAAUACAUACUGUAUGUGUGCUUCAAAUGGCAACUGCAGUCCCCACUGAACAUUGUAGAACACAUGCGAUCACUGUUCACACAACACUGACAUAGCAAGAUUCACUGAUAAACUAAAUAGCCAAAUGGUGUGGAAGUGCAGUCUCAUGUUGGACAAAUCAGGUGGAGAUGGAAGGUUCUCUUCCCUGAGAGACAUUUGGAAUUGUUAUGAUCUUCGCAAUUAUUUUCCUGAUGCCAAGCCAAAAGCUUAAAGAUUUUUUAAAAAUUAAUGUACUUGUUGCAAUCAUAUUUGAAUAAUACCCUCUUUAUGUUACUAGUCCAGGGUUUUUAACCACUUGGCUAAUAUAUCCAUGAAUAAUGGUCUUGCCACUACUCAAUUCAGAAAGAGGCAAUCAGCUCCUCAUCACUGGCUUAGUUUAGAAUUAGUUUACAAACAAAGACAUUUUCUACUCAUGCAGGACACUAUUUACAUUCAUUCUGAAGCAACAAGUGAAUAAUAAAAUCCCUACAGUGCAGAUAGAGGUCAUUCAGCCCAUUGACCUUCCAAACAGCAUUAUCCCCAUAAAUCUGCAUCCACCAUAGCUAACCCAUCUAGCCUGCACAAUCCUGAACACUAUGGACAGUUUGGCAUGGCCAAUCCACCAAACCUGCACA